AUGCUCUGGCUCUGGAUUUCCAGUCUACUGCUGGUUAACGGCCUGCCACAUUAUGAUUUCUCCACUCGUCCGGACGUUGUAGCUGCGGCGCGGGGCCAGAGUACGAGAUUCGGCAAGCGACUUGCAAAGCGACAGCAAGCAUGGACAGGUUACUAUCCUUCGAACUACUAUUCGACCGGAUGGCCAUUCUCAUACUUCACCUCUUAUUACUACGAUCCCUACUAUCCGAACGAUGCUUACAGCACGUAUUAUUAUCCUCAGCCCAUAUCUCCACCACUUCGAGAAGACUUGGGUCCGAACCCUCCAUACGUAACGCCGAAGUCAUCAUACAAUCCGUGUGCCGACCCUAACAGCGUUAGCUGGACAGUGGAAUGCAAUGGUGGUGGGUCUCAGAAGACAACGAAGAUUGACGGAGGCGUACAUUCCCUUCAAGAGACAUCUUCCUUUUUCACUUGGAAGUAUGGACCCAAAUCGCCCUUUAAUCAACCUUUUGCGGCAGUGGGCAAUCCAAGCCUCAAUGGCCAGUUCAGCGGCGAUAACGACGACGACGACAGCGAAGAUUGCGUUAAUGGCAUUGAUCAAAACGGCAAUGCAUGCACGAACAAUAAUGAUAGCGGCGACGGCGGCGGUGGGGGCUACUGUGUCAACGGCUUAGAUUCAUUCGGAAACUCUUGCGGCAAUAAUAACAGCAACAACAAUAGAAAUGGUGGUAAUGGUAGUGAUUGUGUGGAUGGCUUUGACUCGAAUGGUAACGCAUGUGGCGGAGGCAACAAUAACAACAAUGGUCUGGCUGCUGCAAACGCGAACGUGGGCGCUACUCCGAAUAUCAGUCCAAAUAUAAGCCCCGGCAUUACGGUGGAUCUGCGAUGAUGAAACUCGGAUUCAGAGGAGGUGAAAGGGCGGAAGGAAAUGGACUGAGGGUUUGGACGUUGCUUUUGCAUGCUUCCAUCCACUUCCGCGGGCACGGAGAAGCGCUUUUCACGACAAGUGUUUCCUUUUCGUACGCAAAAGGUACAAUGAACAGUCCCC